AUGGUCGCCCAGACAGUAAUAAUCUCCAGCAUCUUCAGCCUGAACACCACUGAUGUUGAGUGGCAUCACUCCAGGGCGUGGCCGACGGGUCGGGCCAACCUCCUCUCUGAUGGAGCACAGGUGGGCCCAAUGAAACCACCAAGACCACAUGUCUACACAGUACAGAAGGCACAUAGAAUCUCCAGUAUUCGUCGAAUGUCUGCCUGGCAGUGUGCUCUCUGCUCUCAACACACUGAAGCCAACGUGGGACACAAAAUCAGGAGAAAUACUGUUUGGAUUCACACCAUCUAUGAUCUUAAUGGAACACAAGGAAAUAUUUACAUUAGAAGUGCAGUUGAGGAUUUAAGGAGAACUUUGUGUCCACUGUGGUUGGAGGUUUUUGUACGACCACUUCAUGAGUUUGUAUCACUGUGGUGGACUUUUGGUGGAGGAACCAAACUCAUCAUUGACUCCGGCUCCAGGGUCAGGCCCUCGGUCUCUCUGCUUCCCCCCUCCUCCCAGCAGCUCUCCGGGGGCUCGGCCACGCUGGCCUGCCUGCUGAGCGGCUACUCUCCUCCGGGAGCCGUGGUGAGCUGGGAGGUGGACGGCGCGGAGGUGACGGAGGGGGUCCUGACCAGCUCAGAGGAGGAGAAGAGCGGACGCUACAGCAGCAGCAGCACCCUGAGCCUGAGCCAGGAGCGCUGGAUGGAAGGAGAGCUGUACUCCUGCAAGGUCCUCCAUCACGACCACAGCCAGACCCAGUCCCUCCACAGGAGCCAGUGUCAGGCCUAGAGGGGCUGGCUGAAGCCCAGGACGCGAGCUGUGUGUGGGGGGAGCAGGAGGAACACACCUGCUGCUCUCAGCAAUAUGACUUUUAAUGUUUGUAGAGGAAACUAAAGCUUUGUGUGACAGAGAACAGCACUGCUGUAAAGUGUUGGACAGCAACAACUUAGAGAGUAAUGUGUGUAGCUCAGCAGCGAGACGUGAGUGUGCUUCAUAACUGUCAUGUUGAUGGUUGAUGUUUGUGCUAAUAAAGCUUGAACUGAUCAAUAACUCGA